CUGGCUGGCCCUGAGCUUCGGGACGGAUUGAACCGCCGCUACAACCAGAGCGCUGCCCGGAGGAGGAACGCCCUAAAGAGGAGGGGAGGGAAGAGAGAGAGGGAGAGACUGAGAGGAGAGGAGAGACGAGCCAACUAGCCAGCCAGCCGGGCCGCCGGAGGCGGAGAGGGGAGGAAGAGAGGGAACGCAAGAGAGGGACUGGGAGAGAAAGCAAGCCAGGAACAGAGAGAGGGUCGCGCUCACUUCUCCGCCAAGUGCCAACUUUCCCUGGAGAGAGUGUGCAGGGGCGCGGACCUUCCUCUGAGGAGAAAGCCAGCCCAACUUGAGAUUGGAGAGAAACGGGUUCUAUCCCUUUCCCUUCCCCUUGAUUCUGACCCCCUCCCCCCCAAUAAAGAGGGGGGAAAAUCAUCCUCUUUACAACCCGAUCUGACCCCACUCCCCGGCACCAUGAAGGCGGCCGUCGAUCUCAAGCCGACUCUCACCAUCAUCAAGACAGAGAAAGUGGACCUGGAGCUUCUCCCUUCCCCCGAUAUGGAAUGUGCAGAUGUUCCUCUCUUAACUCCAAGCAGUAAAGAAAUGAUGUCACAGGCACUGAAAGCCACUUUCAGUGGUUUCACUAAAGAGCAGCAACGGCUGGGAAUUCCCAAAGAUCCCCGGCAAUGGACAGAAACCCAUGUUCGGGACUGGGUAAUGUGGGCAGUGAAUGAGUUCAGCCUGAAAGGUGUGAACUUUCAGAAGUUCUGCAUGAGUGGAGCUGCCCUUUGUGCUUUGGGCAAAGACUGCUUUUUGGAACUGGCCCCUGAUUUUGUUGGGGACAUCUUAUGGGAGCAUCUAGAGAUCCUACAGAAAGAGGACAUGAAGCCAUAUCAAGUUAGUGGAGUCAACUCUACCUAUCCAGAGACCCGCUAUACCUCGGAUUACUUCAUUAGUUAUGGUAUUGAGCAUGCUCAGUGUGUCCCUCCAUCAGAGUUCUCAGAGCCCAGCUUCAUCACUGAGUCCUACCAGACACUGCACCCCAUCAGCUCUGAGGAGCUCCUCUCCCUCAAAUACGAGAAUGACUAUUCCUCAGUCAUCCUCAGCAGGGAUCCUCUCCAGGCAGACACCUUGUCUACUGACUAUUUCACAAUCAAACAAGAAGUUGUAACCUCAGACAACAUGUGUAUGGGGAGGACCAGUCGUGGUAAACUUGGAGGCCAGGACUCCUUUGAGAGCAUAGAGAGUUAUGACAGCUGUGACCGCCUCACCCAGUCCUGGAGCAGUCAAUCAUCCUUCAACAGCCUCCAGCGUGUCCCCUCCUAUGACAGCUUCGAUUCAGAGGACUAUCCUGCUGCCCUGCCCAACCACAAACCCAAGGGCACCUUCAAGGACUAUGUGCGUGAUCGUGCUGAGCUCAACAAGGAUAAGCCCGUCAUUCCUGCGGCUGCUCUGGCAGGCUACACAGGCAGUGGACCAAUCCAGCUGUGGCAAUUUCUUCUGGAGUUACUCACGGAUAAAUCCUGUCAGUCAUUUAUUAGCUGGACAGGAGAUGGCUGGGAAUUCAAGCUCUCUGACCCAGAUGAGGUGGCCAGGAGAUGGGGCAAAAGGAAAAACAAGCCUAAGAUGAACUACGAAAAACUGAGCCGGGGCCUACGUUACUACUACGACAAAAACAUCAUCCACAAGACAGCGGGUAAACGCUACGUUUAUCGCUUUGUCUGUGACCUGCAGAGCCUGCUUGGGUAUACGCCUGAGGAACUCCAUGCCAUGUUAGACGUCAAACCUGAUGCAGAUGAGUGACAGAGAUGGAAGAAAAUGGGGAGAACUUUGCUGAAGCAUUUCAAAGAUCAGCUGCAUCAGUCGGACUCUUGAUUUUAAAUUGUUGUUAUGUUUUUUGUUUUUGUUUUUUUAUUAUUAUUAUUUUCCAGACAUGAGGAAACUCAGUUUUUACAUUCAGGGGUGGGAAGCUGAGCCGAAGCUAUAACUGAUGGUGGUGUGGCCACCGACGGAAAGCAAGGAAGGGCUUCUGAACUAGGGAAGGACAGAUUUUUAAGGGGAAGGGAGGGUCUUCAUAGAAACCAGAAGAAUCUGGUUUAAAUGAGGAAGACAGUCCAAUAUUUAGUCACUUAUAGAAACCAUUCAUUGAAAAGAUGCCGCUUUGGUUAUGGCCUUAUUAAUAAGCAAAAGAAACUGACACUUCAGGAAGUGAAAAGACUGAUGAAAGGGUAGUUUUUUUAAGGGCUGGGAGGGCAGAAAGGGUGGGAUAGAAGGUUCUGUUCUGGGGAUGGACCUUGGAAAAACACAAGAAUUUUACUCUUUGCCUUUUACUCUGCUUUUGGAGCAAAAAAAAAAUGGACUUCAGUGGGGAGGGGACCAAACUUUUUUUGUGUUUAAAAUUUAUUUUAUUAAAUUUUGUGCCAGUAUUUUUUUUUCUUAAAAAUCGUCUUAAGCUCUAAGGUGGUCUCAGUAUUGCCAUUCUGUGCGAGUUUGUUCUAUGUGCCGGCUGAGGAUUCGGUCACAGUGAAAGAAAACUGUUUAUAUAGACCCCACUGGAAAAGUGUAGCGUUGUCAUUGAUAUUCAGGAGUCCAAAAUUUAAGACUCAUAUAUGUAGGAAAAACAAGGCUGAUUUGGGUAUCAGGGAUGGAAAAAUGUUCUUCGGUGCAUGUGAAUCUCACCUGUGAAUAUUUCUUAUCAUCACAUCCAUUUUCUCAUUUGCCAUUAGCAGACUCUUGGGGUUUGGACUUAAUGCAGAACUAAGAAAAUCAUUAAGUCUUUUAACUGAAUGUAUUACACAGCUGUAACCUGGAACUGUAAUAAUUGUAGUAGCACUGGCCUAGUAGUAGAAAAGAAAGUGAGAGGGGAAGAUGAAUUUGGAGAUAGUUCCCUGUCAGUUCUCAAUUAUAUAUGUAGAUUAAAAAAAUAAAGGUGUAGGCAUAUAAGAUAGCUAUUAGAUCUAGAGAAAUGAGUUCUGAGUGCAUUGAGAUCCUAGCCAUCCACCUAAGCACCCCCACCCCUAUUCCCUCCAGGCUGGGAUCGUCGCACAUAAUUCUUCUGUUGUCUCCUCUCUCUCCCUCCCCUUCCGUCCCCCCAUUUCUCAGUAAGGAGAAAGUUGUAAUUUACUAAAUGAUAAAUGAAAGGAAGCUACAGGAGAGAGGGUAAGAUCUGGAGAUUGUCCUAGUUAAACCAUUUUGGCUGGCUGAGUUUUAGCAAGGAGGGGAGUUGUAGAAGUUUAGAUAGCAGUGCAUAGCAAACAGCUUGGUGUAGAAUUCCACAGGGGCAAAAGCCUGAGGCUUAGAACUGAAGUCAGCUGAGACUAGGGAUGUUAAGCAUGUAGUCAGUAUAAGCCUUCUUAGGGCAUGGUCCUUGGAUAUGUUAUCUUGUUAUAGGAGAAGUAAGGAUGGUUAGAUGGUAUAGAGGAGAGGAAAGGUUUGCAGGUAAUGGGAGCAUGAUGGGAGGAGACCAGAUUUAGUAAGAAAAGGUAAUCCGUGUGUUGUAAGAAAACACCUCCCCCCUCCCCACCGGACCCCAAGAGUUCAGUGCUUUUCAUUUCUUUCUUACUUGGGCAUGGCCCUUGAGAACCAUUUUCUCAAUCUUGGGUGAAAAUGUGGUAUUGGGGGGAAAUAAGCAGCUAGUUAGAAAAAAAGUGCCUGAUGUUAGUAUAAGCACCUUGAUGGAUACCUGAUAAAUGAGAUGAUGAUGGAAAAAAUGAAAGGAGGACUUGAAUUUAGCUUUCAGUAUGAGAAUAGAAAAAAAAAAUUCAAGAUGGGUUGCUUCCAGGCCAGCCCUUUCUAGACUGUCAAUGAGAAAUUAGAUGCUUAAACUACCUUGCGGUAUAUAUCCAAGGAAAGAGAAGACUUACUCUUAGGUCAGCUCCGAAAGCCUGGAUCAUCAAAAAGGGGCUUUGUGAUCGAUCCAUGACUGUCCCAAGCUUGUUAAGGUGGAGACAGGAAGUGGUGGACAAAGUGAAGUUACGUCAGGCCAUUAUGCAUUUUGCCUGUUAUGCCAGGUGCCUUAAAAAAGCUCCCAUUGUGAUUUUUGGGGCUGCUCAGGGAGGUCUUUGAUGGAACAAGUUGGACUAUGUUGCUUUCCCCCACAUUUUAUUGUCUUGUUGGUCACUGGCAAAGCUGUAUGUGUAUGUGUGUGUGUGUGUGUGUGUGUGUGUGUGUGUGUGUGUGUAUUUGCAUGUGCUAUAAAAUUUUGAAAUACUGUCUGAGUUUCCCAGUUCAGUCUUUUCCUGUUUCAGCCGUGGGGGAAAGAAGAACCUGUGGCUUACCGUAGCUCUUUGCUUGCUAUAUUUGCAACCUGGCAUAAAUCGCGUAUUCAUCUCAUUGCCCUUCUUUUGAAUUUAGGCUGAAAAUACCUGCUUUUCAAACAAUUCCAUAAUUCCUACAGUUGUAUAGUAAACAUAAGAGAGUGCUGAAAUACCUAGUAGUUCCUAGACCUUACAGAUUUUGCUUUUCAUGAGGGCCAUUUUACUCCCACCCCCAAUCCCUCCUUAGUGCCACCAUACUCAGUAUUUGCAGCUUCUGCUUUUGCCCAGAAAAUUUUUUGGCCUAGCCAGAUUCUCGUUCUCCCUCUCUCUGUCCAAAAGACAGACCAUCCCAGGAUGAAUGGUGGAUGGUUUAUACACUGGAAAUGUACCUUAAUUGUUACCUUUUUGCUUUUCUUUCAUUAAAAAAAAAAAAACAACACGUUAACUCUAGAGGAGGGAUGG